AUGGCAGAGCAAGGAGAGUGUAUGACGCGGAAACUCUUGGAUCUGAUGCAAGAAACUGGAUACCCGCUGGUGCAACACAAUGGACAGCGCAAGUUUGGUCCACCACCGGACUGGGUUGGACCCCCGCCGCAAAAGGGCUGCGAAAUCUUCAUCGGCAAACUUCCCAGAGAAAUCUUCGAAGAUGAACUGGUCCCAGUGUUUUCUAAAGUGGGUAAGAUCUAUGAAAUGCGAUUAAUGAUGGAUUUCUCCGGCUCCAACCGGGGCUACGCUUUCGUUACUUAUUCUACAAAGGCCGAAGCCUCGAGAGCUGUAAAAGAAUUAAAUGGCUUCGAGAUUCGACCAAGGCGACAUAUUGGCGUCGUAAAAUCUGUGGAUAACUGCCGCCUCUUUGUCGGCAAUAUACCCAAGACCAAAACUAAGGAAGAAGUGUACGAAGAGCUUUCCAAGCGCGUGGGCGGAAUUGUUGACUUGAUUCUGUACAAGAAUUGCUAUGACAAAAGACUUAACAGAGGCUUUGCGUUCGUGGAGUUUACUUCCCACAGGGCUGCAGCGAUGGCGCGAAGAGCACUUGUUCCCGGUUGUGUGAAGAUAUGGGACCAGGAGGUGAUGGUAGACUGGGCAGAACCGGAGCCUGACAUCGACGAUGAACAGAUGCAAAGGGUAAAGGUGCUCUAUGUUAGGAACUUUCAAAUAAAGACCACACCUGAAACUAUCCAGGCAGUGUUUGAAGCGGCCAUAAACAAUCAAAUUGAGCGAGUAAAAAAGAUCUAUGAUUAUGCUUUCAUUCAUUUCCACCAUCGUGAACAUGCUGAGUUGGCAAUGAGGAAAUUGCAGAAUGCUGAUAUUGAUGGCAGCAAUAUAGAGAUACGGUGGGCGAAACCAGUUGUUCGAGAAAUAUACCGCAUUCAGAAACUAAACAGAGGGAAUGCAAAGUUCAAUAACAGUUUCAACCUGUCUCAAACUCUUUGGUUGCACAAACAACAGCUUGAGAAGAAAGAAUACAUGUCAUCACCAAAAGACGAUGAAGGUAUUGGUUCUGCUUGCGCAGGAGAAUCCUCAUGCGGAUCACCAUCAGAGAUGAAUUGUUCUGCCUACCCUCAGAUCACUAAGACUAAGGAACAAUAUUCCUUGGCACCAGCUAAGCUUGAUUCUAUGUGCAAAAGGUACAUGUGGGCACCUCCUGUCUACAACUAUCAAAAAUACUUGGACCCUUCAGGUGCAGAGAUCUGGAUAGGAAGAGUGGAGCUCCCACACAUUGGUAUGCCUUUGCUCAGCAUACCCAGACGCCUUGGACCUUUAGCCACUCGACCCUGCAUGUCCAUGCAACAGGCACACAUUGAGGCUGCAGACAGUGCUUUACAAGUAAUAAAGAUGUUGAAAGCAGACCUCAUUCAGCAGUCCAUGCCGCCUCCGCCAAUGGCGCCAGUCUACCCUACCAUCAUGUCCCCGAUGCCAAGCUGUGUGAACCUGCCCUAUGACUACAUAAACCCUCCACCAGCCCUGUACCCAAGACCAAUGCCUGUCACAAUGCCUAUCUGGCGCAGCGUUUGA